GUCCAGUGUCAAAUCCUUGUCCGUCGGGUCUCGUCAGGUCUCUUCUCCUCCGGCUCUGCAUUACGCAAACGACGGCUCGCAGGGCCUUGUCAUUAACAUCCGACCAAUAUGUCCGCUGAAUUUGAGGACGUCCUCACCAAUCAACCAGUCGUUAUCGACAAUGGCUCAGGAGCAAUCAAGGCAGGCUUCGCAGGCCAGGACCAUCCGAAGUGCUUCUUUCCAUCAUACGUUGGCCGACCAAAGCACGUGCGCGUAAUGGCUGGCGCCCUCGAGGGAGAUGUGUUCAUAGGUCGCCGCGCACAAGAGUACCGAGGACUCCUCAAGAUAAAGUAUCCAAUGGAGCAUGGAAUUGUGACCGACUGGGAUGAUAUGGAACGAAUAUGGAGUUGGAUUUAUGCAGAGGAAUUAGGUACAUUAAGUGAGGAGCACCCUGUGCUACUCACUGAAGCACCGCUGAAUCCACGCAGCAAUCGCGACAUAGCAGCGCAAAUAUUCUUUGACACUUUCAACGUCCCGGCUCUCUUCCUUUCAGUGCAAGCUGUGUUAUCAUUAUAUUCCUCUGGUCGUACGACCGGUAUCGUACUGGAUUCAGGCGACGGCGUGACACAUGCCGUACCGGUUUUCGAGGGUUUCUCUAUGCCUCACGCCAUCCGGCGGAUAGACGUCGCUGGCAGGGAUGUCACGGAUUAUCUUCAACUGCUCCUACGGAAGUCCGGACAUCAUUUGCAUACAACUGCCGAGAGGGAAGUCGUCCGGUUCAUCAAGGAGAAAACAUGUUACAUCGCUCUCAAUCCAGCAAAGGAAGAGAAGGACUCCUUGGGAAGAGUUGAAGAGUUCCGCUUGCCUGAUGGCAAUAUCAUACAAUUAGGGCCUGAACGGUUCCGAGCGCCGGAAAUCUUAUUCAACCCGGAACUCAUAGGGCAAGAAUAUGCUGGUGUUCACCAGGUGGUGGUUGACUCCAUUAACCGGGUAGACUUGGACUUGCGAAAAAGCCUGUUCUCGAACAUCGUUCUCAGCGGAGGCAGCACCUUGUGCAAAGGCUUUGGUGAUCGGCUCCUCAACGAAAUCAAGAAGUUAGCCCUGAAAGAUGUCAAGAUCAAGAUUUAUGCGCCCCCAGAACGUAAAUAUUCGACAUGGAUCGGUGGUUCCAUUCUGGCCGGUUUAGGUACAUUCAAGAAGAUGUGGGUAUCUGCUGAAGAGUAUCAAGAAGACCCUGAUAUUAUCCACAAGAAACUAGGUUUUUAGAGUUGUGUUGACUCCAUCCCUUUUUUUGUCUACUCGAGUGUCAUAGACACUGUAUUUCACUUUCCAAAGCAGACAUUAGCCUCACAUUGCGAUGAUACCCGACAUACUUCAGCGCCCUGUAAUACAUAUAGACCGGAAUAAUCAUGCACUUUGUCGAAGGGCAUAUGCAUAGCAUUCUUAAAAACACGGAAAGUGACAUAUGACCACGAGUGAAGCUCCAGAGGACGCUUCGAGCAAAAACAUGCAUCGAUGGUAGUAGUAUACGCUGAAGCCAGCCAUUACUUGCCCUUCUUUGGUGGCUCAGCGGCCUUGGACUUCUUCGUCCCACGGAACUUCUUUGAACGGUUCUUUCUCUCCUUCCGAAGUUUGCGGGAAGCCUUUUCGAUCUUGGUCUCAAGGCCGGACCGGACCAACCGGUAUUUGGGUUCGAACUUCCGUUGGGAAGCCUCGUCAUCAUAGAUCAGAGCGAAACCAGUGCUCCGUCCACCACCAAAGUGGGUCCGGAAACCGAAGGUGACUACGCGGUCUUUGUCGGCUUUGUACAUGGUGGCGAGCUUCUCAGCAAGCUCGGCUUUUGAGACAUUUGGGCGGGAAGGAUGGAGGACAUCGAGAACAAACUGGCGACGUGCAAGCAGGCGGUUGGUAAUGAAUUUGCGAGUGCGCAGUGUUACGGGUGCUGAGUUGUCGGCCAUUGUUCCAGGCGAUGUUUUGUCCCUACUACGCUGCCCUGAAU